UUCGCAACGGAUACUCCUGCGUGCCUAUUGCGUUAUCCGAAGGCCUUGAUAUCAGAUUGGGCACCUGUGUAUCUGAGAUCCUGUAUGGAGGACCAGGAGUCACCGUCAAGGCUGUAAACUCUAGAGCUCCGAACCAACCUCAAAUAUUCAAAGGUGAUGUAGUUCUCUGCACUUUGCCGCUGGGAGUGUUGAAAGUUGCAGUGGCGAACAACGGCCAGAAUCAACAGAACUUUGUUAAAUUUGAUCCACCGCUACCCGACUGGAAGGUCGCAGCUAUCAAACGUCUGGGCUACGGAAAUUUGAACAAAGUGGUCUUGUGCUUCGAACGAACAUUUUGGGAUCCGAGUGCCAAUCUCUUCGGGCACGUCGGCACAACUACUGCUAGCAGAGGCGAGCUGUUCCUAUUCUGGAACCUGUACAGCGCGCCUGUGCUCCUAGCUCUGGUGGCUGGCGAGGCGGCGGCCGUGAUGGAGAACGUCACGGAUGACGUCAUCGUCGGCCGUUGCAUUGCGGUGCUAAAGAGCAUAUUCGGUCACGCUGCCGUCCCGCAACCGAAGGAGUGCGUCGUUUCGAGAUGGCGCGCGGACCCGUUUGCACGCGGCUCGUACAGCUUCGUGGCGGUGGGCUCUUCGGGCACCGAUUACGACCUACUAGCCGCACCUGUGCCCGGCCCGUCAGGGGACACCCGUCUCUUUUUCGCUGGUGAGCACACGAUGCGCAACUACCCGGCAACAGUGCACGGCGCGUUUCUAUCGGGGCUGCGCGAGGCGGGCCGCCUAGCCGACCUGCUGCUGCCGCCUACACACAUCUCCGCCGCCAGCGUCGCCGCCGCCACUGCCACUGCUGCCAGCGCUGCCAACGCUGCCAACGUUGCCAACCACAAUCCGUAG